AUGGCGCACGGGAAGGCAGGAAAGGAGAAGCCAGAGAAGCCGCAGCGAGCCGGAGCCGCCGGAGGACCGGAAGAAGCAGAAAAACCUGUGAAAACUGAGACUGUUUCUUCCAGUAAUAGAGGGGAAAGUUCCAGUCGCAGCGCUGAAAAGCGAUCAGCUGAAGACAAAGCUGCAGACCUCCCAACUAAGCCUACAAAGAUGUCCAAGUUUGGCUUUGCCAUAGGUAGUCAGACGGCACAGAAAGCAUCCGCUGUCUCCAUUAGACUCGGAGCAAGUAAGCCUAAGGAAACAGUUCCAACUCUUGCUCCCAAAACUCUUUCGGUAGCAGCGGCUUUCAAUGAAGAUGAGGAUGAAGAACAUUGCAAGGGACACACCAACAUCAGCCGGACCAAACUCCUUUAAUAAAGGGAAGCAUGGCUUUUCCGAUAACC